ACCUCCGGAUCCACACAGACCUCCGGAUCCACACAGACCUCCGGAUCCACACAAGACCUCCGGAUCCACACAAGACCUCCGGAUCCACACAAGACCUCCGGAUCCACACAGACCUCCGGAUCCACACAAGACCUCCGGAUCCACACAGACCUCCGGAUCCACACAAGACCUCCGGAUCCACACAAGACCUCCGGAUCCACACAGACCUCCGGAUCCACACAGACCUCCGGAUCCACACAAGACCUCCGGAUCCACACAAGACCUCCGGGUCCACACAAGACCUCCGGAUCCACACAAGACCUCCGGAUCCACACAGACCUCCGGAUCCACACAAGACCUCCGGAUCCACACAAGACCUCCGGAUCCACACAAGACCUCUUCCUCAGCCGAGCAGCAGAGCGGAGAGCGUUCCUCUCGCCUUCCCUUUCCCCAUCUCCCACAAAGCUGUGAGGCAUUAUGGGUAACUUGAAGUGCCCGAUAAAGUUCUGCAGGAUGAAAAUGCGGCGUCACCGAGUGUUCUUGCUGUGCACGGUGGGCCUGUGCGUCAUCUCCUUCCUCCACUACUACAAGGCCCUCCACUACGUCUCCCUGCUGCGCGAGCUCUCCGCCCCCUACCCCAACAUCAAGUCCUUCAUCAUGGUGUCCGGAUACUUCUGGAGGGAGAAGGGGGGCGGCGCCACCUCGCUCAGCCCCGCCUCCCCCGAAGAGGCUCCUCCCCUUCCGGUCCUCCGUCCGUCGGACACCAAAGGUCGAGCCGAGGGAGGAGGAGGAGGAGGAGGAGGAGGAGGAGGAGGGAUGGCGGGGGUCGUUGUUGGCAGCGAGGGGCUGGAGAUGAGGUUGAGGGAGGAGCCGGCGCCUCCUCACCCCUGGGAGAAACCGGAGGAGAACCAGCAGGGAGGCGCUCCGAAUGAGGUCGGAGACGAAGACCACUUGAAGCCGCGAGACCCCAGCCGGCCUGCGGGGCCCGACCCCCCGGAGGUCCCGCCGGUGUGGGACGAGAACCUGGACGCGCUUCACAAGCACCCGCUGCCGGACCCCUUGGAGUCCAUGGGGGACCUCCACACCCGCCCACACAAGCUCCAAGAGGACCGGACGCCGUACUUUGUGCGCACCAAAGCCGGAGCGCUGUGUUUCAGGCAGGGCACGGAGGUGGCCACCCAGAAGGAGUACUCGGGGAAACUAGGGGGAAACGGAGGAGGAGGAGGAGGGGACGGCGCUCGAGCCGCUGGGCAAAGGAGACCCCUGGAGGUCCAGCAGCAGUCCUCCGUCGCCCCGAAGGCCAAGGCUCGGUCCAGGAGCGGCGGCAAGCGGCUGGUGAAGUGCGUUUGCCGGCCGGGGUGGCACGGGCCCUACUGCGGCGUGCCCACCAUGGUGUACCACUCCAACCUGCCCACCAAGGAGCGGCUGACGCCUCGAGAGACGCCGCGCAGGGUCGUCAACGCCAUCAACGUCAACCACGAGUUCGACCUGCUGCACGUGCGCUUCCACGAGCUCGCGCAGGCGGUGGACGUCUUCCUCAUUUGUGAGUCCAACUUCACGGCGUACGGAGAGACGCGGCCUCUGAGUUUCCUGCGGCUCCUCCUCAACGGGACGUACGACUACGUCCGUCACAAGAUCCUGUACGUGUUCCUGGACCACUUCCCGGACGGCGGCCGGCAGGACGGCUGGAUCGCCGACGACUACCUGCGCACCUACCUGACGCAGAACGGCCUGUCCCGGGUGGCGGGCGUCCGGCCGGACGACGUCUUCGUCAUCAACGACGCGGACGAGAUCCCGGCUCGCGAGGGCCUCCUCUUCCUCAAGCUGUUCGACGGCUGGACGGAGCCCUUCGCCAUCCACAUGCGCAAGUCGCUCUACGGGUUCUUCUGGAAGCAGUUCGGCUCUCUGGAGGUGGUGUCCGGCUGCACGGUGGGGAUGCUGCGCGGCGUCUACGACGGCGACGGCAUCAAGCUCCGCCGCCGCGAGUACUACACCAUGCCGGGCUUCCGCCGGUACGAGAACGACACGGGCCACAUCCUGGUGCAGUGGUCCGUGGGGAGCCCCUUCCACUUCGCCGGGUGGCACUGCUCCUGGUGCUUCACGCCCGCCGGCAUCUACUUCAAGCUGGUGUCGGCUCAGAACGGAGACUUCCCGCGCUGGGGCGACUACGAGGACAAGCGCGACCUCAACUACAUCCGAGACCUGAUCCGGACGGGGGGCUGGUUCGACGGGUCCCUGCAGGAAUACCCGCCGGUGGACCCCAAAGAGCACAUGUACGCCCCCAAGUACAUGCUGGAGCACUACGACAGGUACAGCUACCUCCUGGAGAACCCUUACAGCAGAGGGCCCCGACUGAGCGAGGGCUAGGGGGGCGGGUACUGGACUACAUCUCUCAUUGGAGUGAGACCACGUGGUUCUCCACCCGGUGGUAAAAAACAACAAAGGGAACACCUCAUGGAGAGGAUACGACCACUGGAUCAACUGAAUCAUAGAUUUCCCUCAUUCCUUCCUUUUUGGGAGGGGGAGGAGCCUAACUAUCUCACUUUUCUCUCUUUCUUCACCCGAAGCCGAUUGGACGCGGCGUUUCUUAGAGAAAGGGGUGGGGUCGUGGAGGCGGGGUUUUUGUUGUUGUUUUUUUUCCUGUCUGUGUUUACUAAAAGCUUAAAGGGACCGGCUGGUGCUCCCGCUCUCUUCCUGUCUUCCUGUCAUACCCGGUGACCUCCUUCCAGAAACGAGACCUUCUCGGGUCUAUAAACCCUGUGAAGCCCACUGCCAAACGAAAUGGAACGGGGCCGCAGCUCAUUCAUGUGCUCGCCUGCUGCACCCGAGUCCGUCCGUGAGGCCGGUGUUUGUGUCAUAACUGUGUUGUUAUUG